GCAUCCUAUCCACGGUAGCUUCUCUCCGAGGGCGGGAGGGGGAGGAAGAAUGCCGGCGUGAGGUGUGAGCGCUAACCAGGGAAGAGAGCUUAAAACUGGGUUAAGGGAGCGGGAUCACUGGCCCCUGCCAUGGAGCUGCACCGCUGGGCACGCACAUGCACCGCAGGAGCUCUGUAGAGAGAUAAAGAGUUGCAAAGGGACAGUGAAAGGAGUUUGACAGACGUAGACAGUGAAUGAGGAGAAGAAGAGAGCUGCAGGCAAAUGAUCCAGGCUUUUGGGAGGUGAGAGGGGACUGUUUGGACGACUUUAAGCCAGACAAGAAGCUUCUUCCCAGGGGGCUGCAGAUGCACAGACAAGCCCCUCUUUUUAUCCAGCGCUGGCUCAUCUACUGAGGAAAGGAACCUCUGCUUCUUUAAAGAAGGAAAGUGAAUAUAGAAGAAGACAAAAAAUGACUUCAUGAGUUUUUAACUUUCAACAGAAAAAUCUACUGAAUUUGGAUGUUAAGUUGCAUGGCUUUAUCUUUGACCACACAGCCUUGUUGCCCUCCGGGAUCAGUUUUGAAUAUUCCACAGAUUUUAAGUACUCAAGGUUUUUUUAGGAGUGUUUCAAGCCUCUCUGUUGCAGUUCCUUUUAAUGCUGUAGUGGAUGAGGGAAAGGUUGACAUAUAAAUGGAUCUGCCCUGACUUCAAGUCUCCUUCUAUAUCAAGCAGCCAAUUUUUUUCGUUAAUCUGCCAAAUCGACACUGAGGAUUUUUAAAAAAAAACACCAAGUGGACAAUUCUUCUCUUGCAGCAAAGAGAUCAGCGUCAGCCCUUUCCCCCUUCUUUUACUUAUUUUUUUCUUUUUUCUUCAUCUCUUGGUGAACGAGGGGAAACUUCCCCUCGCUGGCACCCUCCCUCCUGUGGAAAUGGCUUUCCUGGUCCGUUGCUAUGCCAACUGCUUGCAGCCGUGGUCCUCCAAACUUCCUGCUGACCUCAAUAAGAUGCACCUAACAGACCACGCCCAUCAGCAGGUGAUGCACAUGCCUCCCAGCCAAUCAGGAUGCAGCAUCGCCAGUGACUCGGGGAGUAGCAGCUUAUCAGAUAUUUACCAGGCCACAGAGAGCGAGCUAGGCGAUGUGGACCUGUCUGGACUUCCAGAGGCUGCGGUGGACAGCGAGGAAGAAGAAGAAGAGGAUGAGGACCUGGAGAGAGCUUCAGACACCCUCCUGGGCCGAGACCUGGUCCGAGAGUGUCUGGAAAAAGACCCGGCCGACCGCAACGAUGACGACAUUGAGCAACUACUGGAGUUCAUGCACCAGCUGCCUGCCUUUGCCAACAUGACCAUGUCUGUGCGGAGAGACUUAUGUAGUGUUAUGGUGUUUGAGGUGGUGGAGCAGGCUGGCACGGUCAUACUACACGACAAACAGGAGCUGGACCUCUGGUACGUUAUCCUGAACGGGGCAGUGGAGAUCAGCCAUCCGGAGGGAAGAACCGAGACUUUUUGUAUGGGCAACAGUUUUGGCAUCUCACCCUCACUGGAUAAACAGUACAUGAUAGGAGAAGUUCGCACCAAGGGGGACGACUGCCAGUUCGUCUGCGUCGCCCAGGAGGACUACUGGCGCAUCCUCAACCAUGUGGAGAAGAACACGCACAAGGUGGAGGAGGAGGGGGAGAUAGUGAUGGUGAAGGAGCACCGGGAGCUUGACCGCAGCGGAACCCGAAAGGGACACAUUGUCAUCAAGGGAACCCCGGAGCGCCUGAUCAUGCACCUAGUGGAGGAACCGUCGGUGGUGGACCCCACCUACAUUGAGGACUUCUUGCUGACCUACAGGACCUUCCUGUCAAAUCCCAUGGAGGUUGGCAAGAAACUGCUGGAGUGGUUUCACGUGGACAGCCUCCGUGACACGGUAACGAGAAUAGUACUGCUGUGGGUCAACAACCACUUCAAUGAUUUUGAGGGUGACCCGGCCAUGACACACUUUCUGGAGGACUUUGAGAAACAUCUAGAAAACACGAAAAUGAAGGGCCAUUUGCGGCUGCUGAACAUCGCAUGUGCAGCCAAGGCUAAGUGGAGACAGAUCACUCUGCAGAAGGCGUCCCGGGAGUCGCCACUCUACUUCAGCGUGCAGGGCGGCAGCGAGAGAGGAUUCGGCAUCUUUGUUGAGUCGGUGGAACCAGGGAGCAAAGCUGCGGAGGCUGGACUCAAACGGGGAGAUCAGAUCAUGGAGAUCAAUGGUCAGAACUUUGAGAACAUCUCCUUCUCCAAGGCUGUUGACAUCCUAAGAAACAACACACACCUCUCUCUCACCGUCAAAACCAACAUAUUCGUCUUCAAAGAGCUCCUCAGCAGGAUCAUGCACGAGAAGAAGAACGGCGGCCCUCACAUUCCUAAGAUCCAGGAGAAAAAAGGCAACCGCUUCUCCAUCCCGGACCUUCCUGGAGACAUGGAGUUCCCAACAGACCACAAGAGCACCAGGAAAAUGAAGGCCAACACUGUGUCAGGAGGCCGAAACAAGAUCAGGAAGAUGCUGGAGAAGACGCGCUUCAGUAUACUGCCGCCCAAACCAUUCAGUGAUGGUGGCAUGGGUCAGUCUCAGGAUGACAGUAUCGUGGGUACCAAGCAGUGUCGACACAGCGUGGCCAUCAUGCCCAUCCCCGGCAACCUGUCAUCCAGCAGCCCUGACCUGCUGCACCCGGCCACCAGCGUCCUCGACUUCUCCAACCCGGCAGCCCUGGGACUGUACUACAUCCCAGACCAAGUGAUUCGGGUGUUCAAGGCCGACCAGCAGAGCUGCUACAUCAUCAUCAGUAAGGACACUACUGCUAAGGAUGUGGUAGCCCACACUGUCAAUGAAUUCGGCCUCAUCGCAGCACCUGAGACCUACUCCCUGUGUGAGGUAUCAGUAAGCCCGGAGGGAGUCAUUAAACAGCGCCGCCUGCCCGACCAGCUCUCCAAACUGGCUGAUCGGAUUCAGCUCAACGGCAGGUACUACCUGAAGAACAAUAUGGAGACGGAGACGUUGUGUUCAGACGAGGACGCCCAGGAUCUCCUCAGAGAGAGCCAGAUCUCUCUGCUGCAGCUCAGCACCAUGGAGGUCGCAGCCCAGCUCUCCAUGAGAGACUUUGAGCUCUUCAGGAACAUUGAGUCCACAGAGUACGUGGAUGACUUGUUCAAACUCGACUCCUCGGUGGGAAGUGGUAAUCUGAAGCAGUUUGAGGAGGUGAUAAACCAGGAGACCUUCUGGGUCGCCACAGAGAUCCUGAAGGAGCCCAACGCGCUGAAGAGGAUGAAGACUAUCAAGCACUUCAUCAAGAUUGCCCUGCACUGCAGAGAGUGCAAGAACUUCAACUCCAUGUUCGCUAUAAUCAGCGGUCUGAACUUGGCACCGGUGGCUCGGCUGCGGAGCUCGUGGGAGAAACUGCCCAGUAAGUACGAGAAGCUGUUCGGAGACCUGCAGGACGUCUUCGACCCGUCUAGGAACAUGGCCAAGUACCGCAACGUCCUGAGCAGCCAGAGCAUGCAACCGCCCAUCAUCCCACUGUUCCCCGUGGUCAAGAAGGACCUCACCUUCUUACAUGAAGGCAACGACUCCAGCGUGGACGGUCUCGUGAACUUUGAGAAGCUGAGGAUGAUCGCCAAGGAGAUCAGGCACGUGGUGCGGUUGACCUCAGCCAACAUGGACCCUGCCCUCAUGUUCAGGCAGAGGAAGAAGAGGUGGAAGAGUUUAGGGUCUCUGAGUCAGGGUAGCACCAACUCCAACAUGUUGGACGUGCAGGGCGGCGCCCACAAGAAGCGAGUACGUCGCAGCUCGCUUCUCAACGCUAAGAAGCUGUACGAAGACGCUCAGAUGGCCAGGAAGGUGAAGCAGUACCUCUCCAACUUGACGGUGGAGAUAGACGAGGACAAACACCAAAUCAUGUCCCUGCAGUGUGAGCCGGCCUACAGCACUUUGUCUAAGAACUUGAGCGAGAGACGAUCCACCAAGUCGGACAUGUCUCCAGUUUCUCUACGGUCGGCUUUGCCCUCGGGGAAAACGCAGAACAGGGUGUCACAAGUCCUUCAGGUCCAGGUCCCUCUGAACCCUCUACGAAAGAAGAGCACUGCCAAGGACAUCGGCCCACCUAACUCCAACUCUCCCCAGGUGGUGAAGAAACCUCCAGUGAACUCGUCAGAGGAGUGGAACACCAAGAGACCAUCUGAUGACACCGUCUCCACCAUCUCCUCCCUUCACUCCAGCCCCACGGUGUCACCACAGGGCUCCCCACGCAAAGUUGGAGGUGUGGCCAAGUCCCAGAACUCCAGCCAGAUGAACUUGUCAGGAUCUUCGUCAUCGCUGACCAGCGACGCCAGCACAAAGGCCGGCACCAUCAGCCUGCGGAGCUAUGGCAUAGGUUACGCUCUCCUCCCAGCCGGCAAAGCAGACAACCUGUCAGACUCGAGUCACAGCGAGAUCUCCUCCCGCUCGAGUAUCUGUUCGGUGGACUCUGUGCCGGCUCCCGGGCUUGAGGACCGGUGUAACAGCAGCAACAGGACCUGUACUGCUGCUGCUGCUGCUAUUACUACUACAACUACUACUACAAUGGCUGCUCCGGUUGUUGAAAGCACAGCAGCAACACACGCACACUUAAAUGCUGAUUAUAACCAGCCUAGCACAAGUAGUUCCUCGUCAUCUGCUCGAGGAUACGCAUCCCGAGCCUCCACCUUCACCUCCUCGAUCUCGACAGAGGAGCUCACCCCGGACCACACCUCUCUGGACUCUGUGGCCGACAGCGGCCGGGGCAGCUGGACGUCCUGCUCCUCCAACUCCCACGACUCCUUCCAGAGCCUCCCCCCCUCGUCCUGCCGUCCCUGGGACCACGGCAUCCAUGGGCACCCGCUCGCCCUCCCUCACACGCACCUCGGCGGCUUCAAGCACACGCAGCUGGCCGGGCCGAUAGCGGAGGUCGAGGCCGUGGGUCACGCAUGGGCAAACGAGGACGCCACCAAGCAUCACUCCAGAGACUCCAGCUCGGAUCUGUCCAAUCAGUCGCGGCAGAGCUGGGCAUCGUCCAGCUCGCUGUCGGACACCUAUGAGGGCAAUUACGGGACGAUAAAGCGGCGGAACACCUCGGAGCAUCCUGCCUCGCCUUCCAACGAGGAAGGAGGGCAAAGCACAGACCCUGUCUACAAAACGGUGACGUCAAGCACAGAGAAAGGCCUGAUAGUGUACUGUGUCACAUCCCCCGCCAAGGAUGAGCGUUACCGAGCUCCCCCUCCCACCCCUCCAGGCUACCAGGGUCUGGCUUUGGGGGAUCUCGGCCUCACGGACGGAGUAGUGGGUGGGCUCCCCAGGCCUCCUCACCUCAAACCUCCGGACUACAGCGUGGCCCUGCAGAGGAGCAAGCUCCUGCAGAGCCCCGGAGCGGCCGGGAGUCUGGCUGAAGCACGGAGGCUGGCUGGUAACCAUCACCUCCACCACCAAGAAGCCCGGACAGCUGGCACCACACAGGGCCACUCCAGACCGCCCAGCAUCUGUCUCCCACCAAAGGAGCUGGCUGACAGUGAGGAUGACGAGCAAGUGUCAGCGGUGUAAAGAUGGUGACGUCACGCACACAAAUCUUCUCACACACGGACCAAGUUGUGUUGCUCGGGCUUUGGACCAAAGUAGCAUCCUGCCGUCACCUCCUAACAGAGCACAUUGUCCUAGCCCUGCCCACACGGCCUUGUGCGACAUCACCUCGGACCAUAACGCACCUCUCGACCAGACCGGUGGGUCACGUGACGUCCUCCCAAGACUUGUACAAUCAUCGCUUUUUUUAAAACUCAUUUCACAAAACAAAGAAGAAAGAUUUUAGAUACUUUUUAAAAACUCUUGAACAAAGCAGAAAAAGGCGGCACACGGACAUUGAAAGGACAAAUCACAAGACAGAAGGACAGAGUGACUGUAAUGAUGUCUCGCGAGCAGAAGUCGGCCUCCUUGGAAACAGACCACCAUGUACCUCCAUUUUGCGCUCCAAGCUCUCUUGUUUAACGUUGUUUGACAUUGUUUUUUCUACAGUUUUAAAAUGUUGUACAGUGUUUCUUUUUCUUUUUUUCCUUUGCAUUUCUGAGCUUUGCAAAGUUUUAUGUGAGAGAAGAAAGGAAGAGCAGACAAAGGGAUAGAGAGCUGUAGUGGAAGUAUUAAGAUGAACAUCAGCUCGUGGGGGAAUUUUUUGUUUUGUGUUUUUUUCUGUAAUUUGCAGUCAGCUCAAAAGAAGAUGAAUGUAGAUGAAUCAGAGACAGGAAAAAAAACUGAUUUUGAGAUUAUUUUGAAGUGGUCUUAAUCGGCCUCUAUCAAACCCUGGCACUGAUUGUGUAAAUUUACAUGAUUAACAUUAGUCUCCACGCCAUCAAACCAAAUCAAAAACAUAUUUUUCACUCUUCUUAUGGAGGUGAAACAAGAGAAAUUAAACUCCUGAAGUAGCAGAGAGCACAUCUGUUUGUGUUUACCACUUAUUGUUCUUUGUUGAGCUUUAUCCAAAAAAAGACAAACAGCAUCUCUCAGGCAGUUGUGUGUCUUCAUGUCGCGCUCUCCACCACCCAGCCACCUCUCUUAUUGCUCGUUCAGCCUGACGCGAGGUACUUUAGCAGCAUGCUGCCUCCUGGAUGUUCUAUAAAAACUGUAUUAUAACUCGUUUUUAAUGAGCUGAAGAACAAAUGCCUCGCUGCUUCCUGUAGAGUAAAACGCGUCGUUAUUUUAUUGCAGCAGCUAUAAUAAAACGAUAAAUUAGCACUGUGUGGUCGCACAAAGUGCAUGCAUAUACACUCACACACACACACACCAAAAUCUUAGAUGGUGUGCUUAAAAACAAAGGACAGUGUUUACACCGACGCUUACACAUUUUGUUUACAGUGUUUAUUGGACUAGUUGUCUAUUGAAUUACAAGCUGAAAUGUUAAAGUAUAAUACUUUAGGUUCAUUUGACCUUGUAAAUUUGUUUAUAAAGCAGCAGGAAUAUGAGAUGCAGCAUAAACUUUGACUACGUGCUCGCAGUGUACCUCUCGUAUUGGUUUUUUGCUUCUUAUUUAAAAAGAAACGAGCAACAAAACUAGUCAACAGAUAAUGUAUUUUAAUGCCUGGCUUGCAUCUCCAUUCCAUGUUCAUAGUACAUUUUGUAGAAUAUUUAAAGGAUUUGCUUGAAAAAUUGUCUAUUUGUAAUGAAAACAAAAGCAAAUUUGUACAUUCUGAGUUUUGGAAACGGAAAAAAAAUGUUUUUAAUUGUGUUUAUCUGCAGUGCAGCAGGGGUGUAACUGGAAUUAGACGCUCUUCUCUUCUCCUUCUGCUGUCUGUCUUGCGCUCUGUGAUGCUUCUUUUGUAUUGUUUUGCCUCACAAAGACUUGAAAUGAUUAUUGCUAAUAUAUACAUGGCAUAUAUAUGAAUUUAUACAUAUAUAUUUUUGUUUUCUUUUUCUUUGCCAUAAAUUAAUGUCAUGUAUAGAUGAGAGAAGAGAGUCCUCUAUAAAGGCUAUUUUUGAAUAUUUUGUUAUAAGAAAUAACCCAAGGUUGUGAUUGCCCUGUUUCUGUCCCCGGGCAGGAGUCUUUCAAGGAAUUUCUGUUAGCUCUUGUCGUCGUUCACGACUUGUUUUUCUCCCCUCACACUCUGUUGUUCGUGCCAUUUCUGCUCUGUCUAUAAUCGUAAUUGCUGCUGUGUUUUGGGAUAUGACUGUGUGCGUGUGUAUGUGUGUGUGUGUGUGUGUGUGUGUGUGAAGUGGAGUUAUAUUUGCGAGGUUGGGAUCAACAUAGCAUUUUAUUUUUUAACCCGUUUUGAUUCUGGGCGUACAGCACAUAAGGAAAGGCUCCGAAUUAAUUUUUUGUAAAAGCCCUUCUUAGUUUGCAGCUUUGAUUGCUCCUGCCUGCAGAAAGGUGGGGGCCCUCGAGGGUCUCUUGCCAUUGGUUUAAUGGCACAAGGCGUUCAAACUCAGGCUGGAAGGUUGAAAGGAGUGUUUUUGAAGCUAUUAUAUCUCGGUCUGUUUGAAUAGAACGGAACAAGCCCUGCCACAAUGCCAUGUCUGGUCGAGUCUCUGUCUCUCUCUGAGCUCUGUCAACUCAGCAGGACUUUAAACUUUCAACCUUCCUCCUCGCUGUACUCGUCUAAUGGAUAUCACUCCAUUGCUCUAGGGUUUUUAUAUGAAUCAUGAGUAUCCACUGUGACCCUCACCUUACGUCUUUUUUCCUUUUUAAAACAAUCUCAAUAGUAGAAACUUCGAAACAGACUGAGAGUCAGAAACUGACAAUUCCUCCUUUUUUUUGCACAACUAUAUUCCUCAGAUUCUUAACCAUCAAUCAGUAUUAAUGUUCUACAUGGAUGGAUAAAUUAAAAGUAGCAGCAUAUGCUUCUUCCAAGUGUUGGCUCAGAAGUCAGACAGCAUUAGAAAGCAGCUUUCUAAUGUUUCUAAUGUUGGAUUGAGCACUAAACAUCAGGCAACAGAUUUGUUUUUGUGGGGGGUUUUUUUUGCCAUAAUUUACAGAAUUUUGGAAUGAGACUCGGCACACAUCAGUCACGUUCGUGUCAGGUGCUCUUUAAGCGCUCCAAAAUGCUACAUUUUUUUAUGUUUUAUUUUUUUCUUUCGGGGCUAAAUUUAAUUUAGCAGUCACCCCAUCUUCUCCGUCUCUGCAUACAGUCAGUAUGUUUUCAUGGAGGAUCUGGCAGUGAGCAGCUCCUGGCACUGUGAACACAAGUGUUUUUAACAACAUAUUACUGGAGAGGAUAAACUUCAUCUCUCUCACAGCUUGAUGAAAAUAUCUGGCUGAUUUUUAAUUUACCCCCCACCUCCCCCCCAUGUUACCUGGAAUGCAAUAAGAGAGAUGUGAAUGUGUUUUAUGUAGACAUCUUUUUUUGGCAUUACAGCAGAAAUGCACAACAAUAAGCUUCGAUGUGGUGAGUGUGCUGCACAAUCUGUACAAAGAGGUAUUAACUUGGUCUGUGGCUUAAAGUUUGCUUUCGUCUCACACUUCUCAUAGCUGUUGUAACUUAUGUCUUUUAGAAAGACAACAUGAUUUUGCUCGUACGCUUUUUAUGUAUUUUUUACGAGUGAUUGUAAAUAGUUGUUAUAUUUUUGUUUAAGAGAAUGUUUAAAAAGGAAAAAAUACCUUUUAUUUCUCCAAGUCUACUGAUAUGAAUUUGGACAAUGAAUAAAAUGUUAAGCAGAA